UCAGAUAACAAUUGAUAACACCCCUCCUGUCCAUAAAAGCAAGGCACGUUCAAGGUUUGUCCUUUGAAGAUAUCACUCAGAACACAUGCUAUCUUCCUGACCACAACGAUGACUAUAAAUUAAAUCCAUUGAGCCCAACAGGAUUAGUUAGUGCAGACAAGCCAAGACAAUAUGUGGUUGGAGUUGUAUUUGGGAAUGGCAGUUCUUCUCAGUGUAGAGUGCAAACCAUUGAACAAGGAGACACACAACAAGUUGCUAGUGAUCUCCUUUGAUGGUUUCCGAUGGGACUAUGAUCAAGACGUAGACACCCCUCACAUGGACAAGUUAGUGGAAGAUGGAGUGAAGGCAAAGUACAUCACCCCUCCGGCUAUCACCAUGACGUCCCCAUCUCACUUCACCACUAUAACUGGGAGAUGGAUAGAGGAUCAUGGAGUUGUUCACAAUAUGAUGUUUAAUUCCACAACUCAUCAGAAAGUCGGCCAUAAAGCUACCUUGAAGAGGUCUGAGUGGUGGGACAAUGGAGCCUUGCCGUUGUGGAUUACAGCACAGAACCAGGGCCUCAAAACAGGUUCCUUUUUCUUUCCAGGAGGAGGAGCCAACUACAGCGGUCAAUGUGUAAACCGGGCACUGGUUGAGGAACCAGGUCAACAAGAUGAUAACGAAACAGAGUGGCGUCAGAAUAUUGACACUGUGUUGAGCUGGUUCACCGAAGAAGAUUUUGACUUUGUGACUCUGUACUAUGGAGAGCCUGACAACGUGGGUCAUGCCAAAGGACCGGACCAUCCUGACAGGAAAACCAUAAUAAAGCAGAUUGACCGCACCGUUGGAUACCUGAGGGAGGCCAUCCAGCGAGAUGGUUUGACUGAUAACCUUAACGUCAUCAUCACCUCUGACCAUGGCAUGACCACCGUUAAAAAAAGACCUCUUGUAGAUGAGAUAAUCCUCUCUAAAUACCUGAAUUUCUUCAACACGGUUUAUUUUGAGCUCCUUGACUACGGCGGGUUUGGCAUGAUCACACCGAGGAAAGGAAAGGAACAACAGGUUUAUGAUGCUCUCAUGAAGGCCCCAAACCUCACAGUCUACAAGAAGGAAGAUAUGCCAGAGAACUUUCAUUUGUCCAAGAAUGACAGAAUACAGCCUAUUAUUGUCAUUGCUGAUCUAGGUUUCAACUUAAACUCGCGGUUGAUCGUCUACGUGAACAAAGGAGAUCAUGGAUUCCACAUGGGCGAAAUGGACAUGAAGACCAUCUUCCGUGCUUUUGGACCAGAUUUCAAGAAGAGUUAUCUGUCCGAGCCCUUUGACAGUGUCCACAUCUACCCUCUAAUGUGCAAGCUGCUGCAGAUAGAUCCAGCCCCUAACAACGGCUCCCUAUCCGUCACUGAGGGCAUGCUGGUUCAGAACGGUGGGAGAAGAAAUCAGAUGUCCCUUGGUGUUUUGGCAUCGAUAUUUGUCUACAUUUUAUUUGUCAUGUAGUUAUUUCUGAUGUUGGUUAUUUUCCUAAAUGUUUGUUAACUGAAAAUAAUUGCAUAGUUGAAUCAAUCAUAACAAAACUCCAACAGAUAUUCUUAAGGAGGAUCACAUUCGCUAUGAUUUUCAUCAACAAUAUCCAUCUGAUUGUAUUAUACACUCAGUGUCCAGUUUAUUAGGUACACCCAUCUAGUACCGGGUCGGACGCCACUUUGCCUCCAGAACAGCCUGAAUUCUUCAG